GUCAAACAUGUUGAGGUUUGUCUUCAAACAGUAAGCUGAGAUGGACUAUGAAAACCUGCUUUAUGCUAGGAAGAAAAAACUGUACAGACUGGUUGCUGUGAGCUUCGGAAUCCUGUGUAUCCUGCAAGCUGCUGUGAAUAUUUCACUGCGUCUUGCUCUCUAUUCAGAUUUCGAAGCCAUUAUUAAAAAUCUGACUGAAGAGGGAGAAAAUUGGAAGAGGAAGCUGAGUACCUUCAAUCAUUACUCCCAACAUGGAUGGGUUUAUUUCAACCACAGUUUCUAUUACAUUUCUUCUAUUGGCAAGUCCUGGCAAGAAGGUAGAGAUGACUGUCAGCAAAGAGGCACAGACCUGAUAAUUAUUAACAACAAAGAAGAACAGGACUUUGCAAGACAAUUCAAACGGCGCACAUGGAUUGGGCUGACUGACAGAGAGACAGAAGGGAUAUGGACAUGGGUGGAUGGGACUGCACUAAACACAAGCUUCUGGCACACUGGAGAGCCCAACAGCUAUCAAAGCCAAGAGGAAGACUGUGGAGAAAUAAGGAUGUACGAUGUAGAAAACAGCUGGAAUGAUAUGCCAUGUAAAAUGAAAAACUAUUGGAUCUGUGAAAAGGUGGUGGCUCUGUAACUCAGCAUCCAAACCCACCAGACUGGUAAUAGAUAAGUUGCAGGGUUAGUGGCUCAUCACCUUGAAUACAGAAACACAUACAAGCCUUUCUAGUUUUUCUUUUUUUUACAUUCUGUCUAUACAUUCAAUCUGUUUAAUCGUUAGAUUUUGU